AUGGAAGUGGAAUUUGAUGAUGUCCAAACGUCCGUUUGCUUUGCCCCGAAUAAUUCUCGUUUACUCUGCGCCGGGUACAUCGACGGACGUAUCGAGCUCUACAAUUUCAACCCGGAGACCCAGGAUUUGGAGGUAAAAUCGAAAUACGCGUUGAAAAAGUCGGUACGAAAUGUGGCAAUCAGCCCCGACAAUGUAAAUGUAUACGCGACAAGCCAGAAUCGCGCGCUGACCCAACUGGAUGCUGAAACCGGACAAAAAACACGAUGCAUCAUCAAGGCACAUGAAGGCAGACCAAGCGCGAUGCUAUUACUAUCGUCAAUGGGCUCGCAAAUGUUGGCAACCGGUGAUGAGGACGGACAGGUGAAGACCUGGGACUUGAGAGCGAAUGAGCCGCUCGCGCUAACCUUUACGGACCAAGAAGAUGUCAUUAACGAUAUGAACACCGAAGGCCCACGAUUACUAGCCGCCUCUUCUGAUGGAACGCUCGGUACCUAUGAGCUACGAAAGGGUAAGUUCAAGACCAAGAGCGAGUUGAUGCACGACGAGCUGCUCUCCGUCGUGUGCAACAAGAAAUUCUGCUAUGUUGGCUCGGGCGACGGGUCGCUGGAGAUUUUUCACGGCGGUGAAUACGGAAAUAUAAUCGAGCGCUUCGAGACAAAGUUGCCUUCUGUGGAUACGAUGCUGGAAGUGAGACGCGGGUUGCUGAUGGUGGCCAGCGGGCAGUCACCAAUAAUUAGGAUUCUGCACGUCGACCCCAACAAGUUGCUGAGCCCACUUGGGGAGCAUGGCACCGGCGUGGACAAGCUUCUCCUCAGCGACGAUCGACGGUGGCUAAUCUCGAGCUCGAUGGUGGACCAAACUAUCAAGGUCUGGGAUAUUGAGGCGAUUGUGCAGAAGAUCCCCGUCCUGACAGCAAAAGCGGCAAAGAAGCAGAAAGGAAAGUCGGUUGACAAAGCGGCCAGCUCAUUCUGGGAUGAUUUGGCGCAGGAGGAUGAAGACGACGAUAUGGACAAUCACCUGAUGCGGAAAAAGCGAGAGAGCGAGGCCAAGGCGGACGACCGGCCGGUGAAGAAGCUGAAGGAGGCGGAAGUGGAUUCUGAAUUGCCUUCUACCUCAUCGUGGGCCCAGCCGAUCCCUAUCCUCUCCGCCGAACUGACCUCCACCGAGGUGCCCGUCGUCGACUUUCACGCCCUCGUCGUCGCCGACCUUCGCUCGAUCGGCAAAAUUCUGAAGAAGCUUAAGGAGAUCCCGGAAGAAUUCCGGCACUUGAAGCGCAUAAAAGACGGGAGGAUCCUGAUCUGCCCGACAAAUGACGAGGAGUUACUAGCUUUCACAAAGGAAGUCUUGAAGGAGACGGAGUUUGCUUGGGAACUCGCGACGGUGCAGGUAGCGGCCAGGAAGCCACUGACGGUCAACCAAUUCAACUGGGUCAAGCAGCGCUGGCCGACGGCUUUUCAUCCCAACAAAGAGAUUGAGGGCCUUGUCACCGGGACUUUCUUCACACAACCGCAGUUGGAAUUGCUGAACAAGACGUUGGAUUCCGCCCUACCGGAUGGUUGUGUGAUUGCAGAUGGUGAUAGAAUAUUAGCACAUGCCCGUCACGGCCAACUAGCCCUCGAGCAUGCCGCGAUAGAAGCCGUCAGGGAUCUGGCAAGACGCAGAAAGGAGACGCCGGCAGAUGACGGAAGCUACCUGGCCACCGGCUGCGACGUGUUCCUCGCCAACGAGCCGUGCGCGAUGUGUGCAAUGGCGCUUUUGCACGCCCGUGCCAAGCGCAUCUUCUACCGCCACCGCUCGGCCAACGGCGUGCUCGGAUCGGGGCCUUGGAAACUGCACGAAGAGCCCAUUCUCAAUCACCACUAUCAAGUUUUCCACGUGCGCCACCCCGACGAGUUCAACGACGUGGAAACUCUUUUUCCAUGCGGAAAAGGUUCAAGC